AUAUAAGUGAAUUUAGAGUAGUAUUGGAGUGGUGUGAGUGUAUGUGUGUAUAGUGAUGGUGUUAGUGGUGUGCGAGGGAGUGAGUGAUAGGUGUGGGAGGCAGCACAAGCACACACAAGAACCACCACACAAGCUUCAAUAAGCCACUUGGCGCCAUCUAACUGCACCAACACUAGCUCUGCAAAAUCAACUUCCUCUCUCCACCACACAGCUGAGUUAACCAAACUCGAGCCAAACAUGUGCCAACAACCAGUGUAGCAAGAUGCAGUGGUCCCUGUACAUGAGUUACUGUAGAGUGAAGUAAUAUUAGGUGUGAGGGCGUGGACGGUGACUAGCAGUGCCUGCAGUGUGCUUCAUGUGACCCGCCCUACACACACUACCAUCACCACAGCUACCAUGGCAGACAUGGACGACCAGGAGCGCAAGAUCGUCAACGAGUUCUGUCACCUGCUGGAGAAAUCCAAACAGCUGUUCAAUGGUCUGCGAUCAUUCUUUUCCAGGGAUCUGCCUCAGUAUGGCCACAAACAAUGGCAAGCUUAUUUUGGUCGCACGUUUGAUAUAUACACCAAGCUUUGGAAGUUCCAGCAGCAACACAGACAGGUUCUUGACUCAAAGUUUGGACUAAAACGUUGGCAAAUAGGAGAGAUUGCAUCCAAGAUUGGCCAACUUUACUACCAUUACUACCUGAGAACAAGUGAAACAAACUACUUAAAUGAAGCAUUUUCUUUUUAUGCGGCCAUCAGAGGUCGAGCGUAUUACAGCAGAACCAGCAAAGAUGAUCGCUCUGUACAAAUGUCAGAUUUAAUGGUGAAGAAACUUCGUUACUAUGCUCGGUUUAUUGUUGUGUGUUUAUUACUGAAGAGAAUGAAGCUAGUUCGUGAUCUAGUUAGAGAAUUAAGUAAACAGAUAGAUGAAUAUACAACAACAUAUGAACCAGAAGAUCAGCUAGAGUGGUCGCUUGUGCUAGCUGAAAUAAAGUCUUUCAUUGAUGCUGACAAUACCAUCAAUGUCUUAGACAUGGAUUCAAACACCAUAGUGCUUUCUCACAGACUGAGUGGCCACAACACACCACCAGUGGAGAAGACUCCAAUGAUGAACCUCACUCUACAAGAAAUACUUAUAGUAGGAAACUGCAAUGACCAGGUGAAAUUUAGCGAGUUGACAAUUGACAUGUUUAGAAUGCUGCAAACAUUAGAGCGAGAACCUCAGGAAGACGUAGCUCAGAUAUACGAUGCUUCACCAGCACCCAACAAAAUACCUUUU